ACAGCCAUAUAACGUCAGAUGUGGGAGAGAUCUACUCCAAGUGGAUUGACGAAAUUCAGGAGACUUCAAUCGUCCAGAAGCUUGCAGCGUUUGUGAGUAGAAUUGUGGAGCUGGUUAACAGUAGCCAGGCCAAGUCGAAGGAGUGGUUUAGCCAACUUGUGCCAUCUAAGGAGGAAAGUCUUGUAGAGGAAUGCAAGAAAGCGAGCGUGCUUAAAGUUUUCGUUUGCUCGGACACUCUGUUCGAGGUUCACGACGGGUCUGUUCAGCUCGUGGACAUCAGUAACCAAACCUGCAGCUGUUACGGGUGGAAGCCAACGGGACUUCCUUGCCAGCACGCGAUCGCUGUGCUCAACACAAAAGGCAGGAAUCUAUAUGAGUACUGUUCAGGUUUCUUCACGGUUGAAAGUUAUCGUUCGACUUAUUCAGAACCUCUGGGACCAGUUGUGAUUGACUUGGCUUCCGCGGAGAGUGAAGGUAGCAGCAAGGAAGAGGAUGAACAAGUACUUCCUCCUCUGUUUUCUCGGGUACAGGGAGUGGACAAGAGGAUCAAAGACAGGAAAAGAGGACGAUCCGUGUGCUGUACAAAGUGUGGAGGAGUAGGACAUAACAAGGCUACUUGUAAGGAGGAUGAUUGA